UUCGUUGAAAGCCUUCACUCGCCAGCGACUUGUCGGAUGGGACGGUGUUGCGGAUGAUUUAUAACUGAGGUACUCCAUGUACCAAUAUGCACACGAACGGGAAAUGACUCCGGAGACUUCCUCGUUGGUGGAACUGGGUCUGGUGGGUUCAGAGAAAGUCAAAGUGAAGAGAAAGCCGACACCCCGCGUGAUAAGCUCACACUUCGUUCUUUUCACACACCCCGAGCUUCCCGUCAAAUCAUGAACCCACACGACAAAGCACUUCAAGCCUCAAAUCAACUCACCAACACCUCCGAGCACCGGAACCAUGUCAUCGGGAUUUGUAUCUGGAGGAACAACAGAUGCCCCCAUUGAGAGGAGCGAUGAAUGGCUAGCAGCGCAAAAUGAACUUGAAGCCAAUCGCCAGCACAAGGCUGAACAAGCAAGGCAAGCUGAUGGACGGAGCUUGUAUGAGACGCUAGAAGCCAAUAAAGCUGCCAAACAAGAAGCAUUCGAAGAAGCCAAUCGACUUAAGAACCAAUUCCGCGCCCUCGAUCAGGAUGAGGCUGAAUUUCUGGACUCGGUGCUGGAGAGUACUCGAAAAGAAGAGGAACGAGUGAAGCGGGAGACUGCAGAGGGACUGGCAUUUUUCCGGCAACAGCAAGAGGAGGCCGACAAGAAGGCGCGGAGAGGGAGUGAGGGGGCAGCCAUUGAGGAAGGGUCGCCCACGCUGGGGGAAGAAUCGUGGGUUGCUGGUGGAAGAAAGCGCAAGCGGGCGAAGGAGAAGGAAGGGCUGAAAGGAGUGAAGAUUCGAAGAUCAUCAACGUCCACCGAAACUGCCCAGCCCAGCCAGGCAAACCCUCCCACGCCUUCCUCUCCGGGUAGUCCUACUUUGAAAGGGACCCAGACCGCAAAACCAUCAGCUCGGCUCCACAAAGCCCAAGAAUCACAAGGCCCGAAAUCAGAAAGUCCCGCGGUUGACAAGAAGCCACCAGCUCCGGCGAAGGGGGGACUGGUUGAUUAUGGUUCCGACGAGGACGACGAU